UUUCGCUGCUUCUUCUUUGCUUAGCUUUUGAGCUUGGGAUUCGAUCCCAAAAAUCUUAAAAGAAUUUGAUUCAAAAAGUCGCUACUCAGGGAAAGAAAGAAAGGAAGAAAGAAAGCAAGUCAAAAAGUGUUCCGGGAAUUGUAACCGCCGUCCUUUGCCGCCGUGGUCCGCCUUCGACAGCCGCAAAACUGCACUAGCUUUACGCUUUUUCUGCAGCCUUUUCUUCUUUGAUUCUCUCCUUUUAUAGAUCAAAGGAAGGAGGGAUUCAAGGUACCAUCACAAUCUCACUGUAUAAAUCUUUUUAUAUUAUUCUGUACUUUCAUCGGUUCAUGAGAACUUUGGAUUCACUAUUGUAAGCAACUGUAACCUAUUGGGCAUUAUGCAUGUCUGGCCCUGUGGCCACAGUGGACACAGUGGAAGGAGCACUUUCUUGUGCUGAGAGAACAAAAUCUCUUGAUGUCAUCUCUGACGGAGACCACUGUUUGGUACAAACCAAUGGUGAAGCAGUGCAUGCUUCUGAAGCAGCUGGGUUUAGAGUUGGGGAACUCUUACUUCCAAAUGGAGAAUGCUAUUCUGGGUCAUUGCUUGGCAACGUACCUGAGGGUCCAGGAAAGUAUGUUUGGCCAGAUGGUUGUGUAUAUGAGGGAGAGUGGAGACAUGGGAUGAGGCAGGGAAAUGGGAAAAUUCAAUGGCCUUCUGGAGUGUUUUAUGAGGGUGAAUUUUCUGGUGGUUAUAUUCAUGGUACAGGGACAUAUGUUGAUCCUGACAACCUAACCUAUAAGGGAAGGUGGAGGUUAAAUGUCAAACAUGGCUUAGGAUAUCAAGUUUAUCCUAAUGGAGAUGUAUUUGAGGGCUCUUGGAUCCAGGGAACACCUGAAGGUCCUGGAAAGUAUGCUUGGGCCAAUGGGAAUGUUUAUCUGGGAAAUAUGAAAGGAGGAAAAAUGUCAGGCAAAGGAACUCUUACUUGGAUGAAUGGGGAUUCCUUUGAAGGAAGUUGGUCAAAUGGCAUGAUGCACGGCUUUGGAGUGUAUACCUGGAGUGAUGGUGGUUGCUACGUUGGAACUUGGACAAAUGGCUUGAAGGAUGGAAAAGGAUCAUUUUAUCCACAGGGUAGCCGGCUUCCUGCUGCUCAAGAAGUUUAUUUCAAUGCUUUGAGAAAAAGAGGGCUUUUGCCAGAUUUGAGAAAGCAAAACCAUGGUCAUAUGCAUCAUGCUUCUUCAGUAGACAUGGGAAAUAUAAAGGUUGGAGGGAUUCGGGGAUCUCGUCGUUCAGAUAAGCUCUCAAAAGGAAGCUUACUAAAUUUGCAAGAGUCUCACAACAAAAACAUUUCUUUGGAAAGGCGUUGGAGUCUUGAGGUGUCUAUUGAAAAGAUAAUUGGACAUGAUUCAGCAUUAGAGUUGUCUGAUUCUGUUUUAGAAGGGGAUGAAAAAGAGAACCAAAUAAAUGUACCUAUUUUAGAACGUGAAUAUAUGCAAGGUGUCUUAAUUAGUGAGAUUGUGUUAGACAAUAGUUUCUCCCCACCAUCUAAAAGAGCUAAACGACGACAAAAAAGGUUAGUAAAAGAGGUUAAGAGACCUGGCGAGACAAUUAUCAAAGGUCACAGGAGUUAUGAUUUAAUGCUCAGUUUGCAGCUAGGAAUCAGAUAUACUGUGGGGAAAAUCACACCUGUCCAGAGGCGAGAAGUUAGGACAUCAGACUUUGGUCCUCGGGCAAGUUUCUGGAUGAAUUUUCCUAAAGAAGGAUCACAAUUGACACCACCUCAUCAAUCAGAGGAUUUUAAGUGGAAAGAUUACUGCCCAAUGGUUUUCAGGAAUUUAAGGGAGAUGUUCAAGAUUGAUGCUGCUGACUACAUGAUGUCCAUAUGUGGAAAUGAUGCUCUAAGGGAACUUUCUUCUCCUGGGAAAAGUGGUAGCGUCUUUUUUCUGUCUCAAGAUGAUCGUUUCAUGAUUAAGACACUACGAAAAUCCGAAGUGAAGGUUCUCCUCAGAAUGCUUCCCAACUAUCAUUAUCAUGUGAGGUCAUAUGACAACACACUCAUAACAAAAUUCUUUGGUCUUCACAGAAUCAAACCUUCAAGUGGGCAAAAGUUCCGCUUUGUAGUGAUGGGGAAUAUGUUCUGCACAGAAUUAAGAAUUCAUAGAAGAUUUGACUUGAAGGGAUCAUCACUUGGGCGUUCUGCAGACAAGGUUGAAAUUGAUGAAAACACCAUACUUAAAGAUUUGGAUCUGAACUACUGUUUUUACUUGGAACCUUCUUGGCAAGAGGCUUUGUUAAGUCAAAUAGAGAUAGACAGUAAGUUUUUGGAAGAACAACAUAUUAUGGAUUACAGCCUUCUGCUUGGCGUGCAUUAUCGAGCUCCUCAACACCUAAGGCCUCUCAUGUCCUACAACCGAAGUAUAAUGGGAGAUGGAUUGGGAAGUGUUGCAGAGGAAGAGGAUGAAAUCUCCCACUACCCACAAGGUCUUGUUCUGGUGCCUCGUGGAACAGACGAUAGUAGUGUUGUUGUGGGCUCUCAUAUUCGGGGUAGCAGAUUGCGAGCUUCUUCUGCAGGCGAUGAGGAAGUGGAUCUCCUACUCCCUGGUACUGCAAGACUCCAAAUCCAGCUCGGGGUGAACAUGCCAGCAAGGGCAGAGCAGACUCCAGGCAAGCAAGAAGACAUGUUUCAUGAAGCAUACGAUGUUGUCUUGUACCUGGGCAUCAUUGACAUUUUGCAAGACUAUAACAUCAGCAAGAAGAUUGAACAUGCCUAUAAAUCUCUUCAAUUCGAUUCUGUAUGCAUCUCUGCCGUGGAUCCCACAUUCUACUCAGAGCGCUUCUUAGAAUUCAUCCGAAAGGUAUUUCCUCCAAAUUCCAUUACAAGUUGAAAGUUCGUAUUACACCUAGCGGAGGAGAUCUCAUCACACUGAAGUCUGAAGGCCCGCGUCUCUGUUAUGAUGUUAUCAAUGGCUAGAGGUUCCUUUUUUUUUCUUUCUUUUUCUCUCUUUAUUUUAUUUUAUUUUAUUUUGGGCUACAAUUGUUAGAGGUUAACGAGUCAUUUCUGAUGGU